AUGAGCACGACGACAAAGCCGGGCCAAUCGUCCCUUUUCCAGGUUUUCUUGCGUCUUCGCCCACCAUACACACAGCAGCAGGAUGCUGAACGCUGCCUGGUGAUUGACACGCCAGAGGACCAGAGCAACAAUAUCGAAUCUGGAGAUUCGUCCGCGACACAUGUACCGACAAACAUCAUUCUGCAACCACCUAAUGAUACCAGAAAGCGGGCGGUCGAGAAAUUCGGUUUCACCAAGGUCUUCGAAGAGUCCGCUUCCCAGUUGACUGUGUUCGAGGAUACUGGAUUAGACGGUUUGGUCAGAGGUGUUUUGCUUGAAGGUAGAGAUGGACUGGUUGCUACGUUGGGCGUGACGGGGAGUGGAAAGAGCCAUACAAUUCUAGGGUCUAAGACCCAGAGAGGUAUGACGCAGAUGAGUCUCGAUGUGAUUUUCCGGUCCCUGGAUUCAACAAUCAAACCCCCCGACAACGCCAUUAGCCCCGUACUCUUAUCCUCGGUGAUCGCAUCAGAUGCUUCGGAAGCGCAGAUGUUCACUGCCCCAACGUUCCUUGAAGCAGUUUACGGAGAUUGGAACGGUGAUCGCGGAAGAAACUCUCGAGCACAGACUCCUAUGAGUUCCUCUAGAGCUCAGACACCGAUGACGGUACGGAAUCCCAUGUCUCUACUCGCGAUACGAGGAGUCCCAGUUUUAUAUCCAUCCAUCACCCCGAAGCGCUGCCCCCAAGCCUUUAUUGGUCCCAGGUCUCCCCAGAAAACUCCCAAGGGAGUUGCUCCCCCAAAAUCACAGCGUGUUUUCCCUGUUGGUCCAACGACUCUCUUCAAGGAGAGGAUCGGACAAAUCGUCCUUCGCUCCCCUCUAGCAUCCCCAUACGCCCCAUCAGUUGAUUCCCCGUAUAGCCAAGCUAAACCAUCACUUGAAUCAAUUCAGGAACCGUCCCCCGCUCUCGUAUUUCCCCGCCGGAAUAUGCCUCACCGACCCAGCGCUCUGCCUCGCCUGCCAGACGUCAGCCAUUUAACUGUGGAGUUGAACCACAACUCUGAAUACGUUGUUCUGGUCUCGAUGUAUGAGGUGUACAACGACCGUAUCUUUGACCUCCUAUCGCCUGCCAUAGUGCCCGGCCAGGGAAGUGCCAUGUCGCGUCAAGGAGCAGGAACCCAAAAAGAUCGUCGCAGGCCCCUCCUGUACAAGUCAACUGAAGGAUCCCCGGACAGAAAGGUUGUUGCCGGACUACGGAAGAUUGCCUGCAGCACCUACGAAGAAGCCUUGGCGGUGCUGGAAGUCGGACUUACCGAACGUAAGGUCACUGGUACUAGCGCGAAUAGUGUUAGUUCAAGGAGUCAUGGGUUCUUUUGUCUUGAGGUCAAAAGAAGAAUGAGGAAUAAGAGGACAGGCGAAGAGACCUGGAUUGGAAGCACUCUCACUGUUGCAGAUCUUGCUGGUUCUGAGCGGGCGAGAACUGCGAAAACAGCUGGGUCCACAUUGGCUGAGGCCGGCAAAAUCAACGAAAGUCUGAUGUACUUGGGACAGUGCUUGCAGAUGCAAAGCGAAAUUCAAGAAGGAAAGACUGCCCUGGUACCUUUCCGGCAAUGCAAGCUCACAGAGCUGCUAUUUUCAAACUCAUUUCCCUCUUCUACUCAGACGCUCGGCCUCAAUCGUCCCCCUCAGAAAGCAAUCAUGAUCGUCACCGCUGAUCCCCUGGGCGAUUACAACGCUACUUCUCAGAUUCUCCGGUAUUCGGCCUUGGCUCGGGAAGUGACUGUGCCUCGCGUGCCCUCGGUCACCGAAUCUAUCUUAUCAAGCACUCUGGGCUCAUGCAGAGCAGCUAGUGGACGCAACUCACCCAAUUUGAUCACUCAUGAAGAACUCGAAAAAGCCGUCGCCGAAGUUAGCAGACUGACCGCUGAAAACGAAACACUGGCCUUGCGACUUGCAGAGGAAGAGAUUGUGAGAGCGGAACUCGAGAUGCGGCUGAAAUCGAGUGAAGAGAAGUGCCUGCUCAUCGAACAGGACGUACGUGAGGAAUGCUGGGCUGAAAUGGACGAAAGAAUGGAAGAGGAAAGAAAGAGAUGGCAGAGCGCGUGGGAUGAACAGACUGGCCGCAACGAUGAGCAUCUUGACAAGAAAAUCGAGCUGUUGUCUCGGGGAUUUCAGAUCUACGAAGAUCCAGACCCAACCAAUGACCAGAAGGUUGAAGAACUGGGAUUUGAAAACGACCAGCUACGAAGUAGAAUUGCUGCGUUGGAACGCGAACUCAUGGGCCGAUCACCCACCAAGAAGCCGAAAUCCAAGAAUGCUCUGGAUUCUUCUCACAGCUCCAACCUGCUGGGUCGUGAGAGUGACAUCGAAAGUGCACUUCGUCGUAUGGAUCAACUUAAACUAGCUGAUGGCAUGUUUUCGCCUGCCGCAUCAGGAUCCUCGUCUCCCGGCAAGAAGCAGAGAAAGAUGGCAACAAGAAAAUGGGAUCUGGCCCCUGAAGAAGAUCUUGGAGCCUGGUAA